AUGACUGCCUCCAGCGAAAUCGACCACGAGUCCCAAAAGCCAAUUGAAACCUACGAAAGAAAGGCCGAUGCCCAGGUCACUGCUUCUGCCUGGAAGAACCACUUGAUUGCCGUGUUAGGUGAAUUCUUUGGUACCUUCAUCUUCUUGUGGACUGCGUUCAUGAUUGCCCAGAUUGCCAACCAAGACCCUAACAUUCCUGAAAACGGUUCCGACCCUUCGCAAAUCAUCAUGAUUUCCUUUGGUUUCGGUUUCGGUGUCAUGGUUGGUGUCUUCAUGAUGUUCAGAGUUUCUGGUGGUAACUUGAACCCUGCCGUUACUUUAACCUUGGUGCUUGCCCAGGCCAUUCCUCCUGUGAGAGGUGCUAUCAUGAUGGUCACCCAGAUGAUUGCUGGUAUGGCUGCCGCUGGUGCUGCUUCUGCCAUGACUCCUGGCCCAAUUGCCUUUGCUAACGCUUUGGGUGGUGGUGCUUCCAGAAGUCAAGGUGUUUUCAUCGAAGCCUUUGGUACCUGUAUCUUGUGUUUGACUGUUUUGUUGAUGGCCGUUGAAAAGCACCGUGCCACCUUCAUGGCUCCAUUCGCCAUUGGUAUUGCCUUGUUCGUUGGACACUUGAUCUGUAUCUACUACACCGGUGCUGGAUUGAACCCAGCCAGAUCUUUCGGACCAGCUGUUGCCUCCAGAAGCUUCCCUAACUACCACUGGAUCUACUGGGUUGGCCCAGCCUUGGGUGCCGUCAUUGCCUUUGCCAUCUGGAAGGCCCUCAAGCUCUUGAACUACGAGACCUGUAACCCAGGCCAAGAUGCUGACGCUUAA